GCGCUCUUUCAAAUGACAGUGCAAUAUAACCAACUUGUUCUCACUGGGGGUCCAGGUGUAUUUUUCAAACUGUUAUUGAAAUGGAGAGGAUGUAUUUUCAAACUGAUCUACAUCGAUGUUAUUGUUUUCAUGACUUUAUACGCAUUAAUCACUUGUGUAUACCGUUUCGCUCUGUCAGUUGAGUGGCAAAGAACCUUUGAGGAUAUUAUAACAUUUACCAGGAGCUUUCAAGGUUUAAUCCCAGUUUCUUUCAUUCUUGGUUUCUAUAUCGAUAACGUCUUUACAAGGUUUUGGAGACUAUUCAUGACCAUCCCGUGGGUGCUUAAGUUCGCCAUUUCAAUUUCUGGGCAUCUUUCUGGAAACUCUGAACGUGCUCGUUUAAUGCGACGAACGUGCUUUCGGUACAUGAUGUCAAGCCUAAUAAUGACCUCUACACGUCUCAACCUAAUUGCCAAGAAGCGUUUCCCUACACCAGAAUUCUUCGUUGCAGCAGGAAUACUUACAGAAGAAGAGUUGGACAUAAUUAUGAGUGUUAGUCCCAUUCAUGUCCAACCGUUUGUUCCAAUAGUAUGGACUACUUCCCUCGUCACUCUCGCCGGAAAAGAAGGCUUUAUUACUAAUCAUCAUGCCUUGGUGUCCAUCAUUGAUGAAAUAAAUAACUUUCGUCAGGGUCUGCUGGAUAUGUUUAUGAUCGAUUUUGUUUGCAUCCCAUUGGUUUACACACAGGUUGUCACAUUGGCAGUGUAUAUUUAUUUCAUAGCCUCACUUGUUGGUCGUCAAUUUAUAAUCGAUAGUUCGCGAACAAAUUCACAAGAUCUCUAUUUUCCUUUCUUCAUGUUCCUAGAGUUCAUAGUGUAUAUGGGAUUGUUAAAGGUUGCCGAAACACUGGUUAAUCCUAUGGGGGAAAAUGACGAAGAUAUCGAUAUUAAUGAGGUGAUAGACUUUAAUUGGAAAACUGGAUGGUGUAUUGUUGAUGGAAUGAAAACAAGCGCUCCAGCUAUUGUACGAGAUUUCCACUGGCAACAAUCCGUCAUCGAAUUACCCCACACACAGGAAUCCAAACGACUAGCUACUCGCCCAUUUAGAGGAUCGACAUAUAAUAUAAACUUUCCUUUCACUUCUGAUAUGAUCGGAUCUGCGUUAUCUUUAUCACUAAUUGGUCAUUCACAAGAUUUAACGACUGCGCGUCAUUUAACUCGAAAUAGUACCAUAAAUAUUCCUACUAGGUUGAUCCCAUCUGAGAGCGUUGCUCCCAGCGAAACUGAUAAUACGUCGAAAUUGAAUGUUUUGGAUGAUCAUACGGCUAUGGAUGCUGGGUUUUUAAGUGUUACUCCUAAUACUCCCGCAGUAAACCGUCUUCUUCAUGAACCAAUAGAGGAGGAAGAUGAAGAACGUGAAGAUGACGAUCAGUCUUAUAGCAGGUCAAAAACAACGAUGAUAAUAUAAAUCUUGUAAGCUUACAUUAAUAAAUAACACCUGAUAUUUGUGUCAUCUUAUAAAUAAGGUAUUUAUGUCUUACAUGUUUCACUCGAAGUCUUACCUGUAAUCUCAUGAUGUAAUUCUUAUCUUAUUGUGCUUAAUUGAUCGAAUAUUUACGUAAUGUGAACGUUUAUGCUACUCAGUAUUUAGGUUAUAAUUACAGAAAAACAUACACGUAGCUUAUAUCUAUGGGCUUUCAGCUGUCUAUACAUUGUAACAAUCCUAUUAUUUAUAUUUAUUAUAGCCAAUGGGUUUUUUUAUCAACCUCAUAAAUUACGUUCAUACCUGAUUCAAAUGAAAACAUUUUACUGACUAACUGUACUCAUUAAAAGAAUGACAGUGUGUCAGUUGUUUAUUCCUGAAAUACUUAGUUUAAACGCCAGAUCGCUCAUGGAAAAAGGAUUACUUUCGAUCUCGUCUGUAUCUAAAUGCAUGUCACAAUUCUGGCGUAAUUAAUCAUCUGUCAAGUACGAGUUUACUGUGCAGUAAUUCGCUUUGCCCUACUUUAUGGGUGUGAAAUAUGGCCAUUAAGAAUAUACGACUUUAGUGGGUCACUAGUAUCCGAUCAUGGGUGUCUCAAAGCAUUGCUCUUGUGUUUUGGGAUCACCGAGCGAGCAGUUCAAAGAAUAAGUACAGAGUACUAUGUAAAGGUGGCAAAUCUGUUGAUGAGUUAGUGAAUCUUCAUUCACUGAUGUAGUUAGGACAUGGGUUACAUAUGCAUAACCCUCCUCCUCUACGCGCGACAUUGUCUGGUGUCAAUUCUUGUUAUUCACCUUAUUAUUCCUAAAAAACGACUUGGAUUGAAUGAAGAUAUAUUCCAAAAUAAAAUAGAAAGUCAAUUAAGUUAUAAUCCAGAGUCCUCAGCUCAUUCGCUAGCGCUGAUUAAUUCAUUUUCAUUAACAAUUAGGAUAAGUCACGUUAGCAGGUGCACAUUACCUAGUUGGGGCCCGCGUGAUUAUCGUCAUAAAUGGCUAGGGACUUUGGCUGGCAUAGCUGAAAAUCGUUUUCAAUAGUUUAAUUAAUAUGACGGGUAGUUUGAAAUAUUUCCCCCUUCAUGUAUACUACGAUAAUGAGAAUAGUCAUUUUAUGUCAGAUCCGGGAUUCACGACCCAGAACAGGAAAUCAGAUUAUCAUUAAAUAGUACUUUAUUUGACACAGUUACAAAUAGUCCCACUCAGUGAAUUCGGAGAAGAAAUCGAUAACAGGGAAGUAAGUUACGUAUUUAAUAGUCAGUGCUUGUCUUGGUUAAUUUUAUCUAGCUGUGUUAAUGCGGUUCGGCAACUUGAAUAGAUGCUCACGUGUUUCACAUUCCAUUUCAGAAGCCUAUCAUUCAGUACCGUCUCAAUGCUAUCUUUUAGUGCAAGACAAAAGUUCACAUUCAACUCAGUAGUUUAAGUCCCUCUUCAACAAAUUUCUUAAUAGAUCUCUCUAAAAGUACGUAACCUAGGUAUAUAAUUGGUGGUUACUUUGAGAAACAACAAAAUAUGUUAAUUUCCUGUCACUGUGUUAAUCUAAGACAUGCGAACUUAGAUCGAUACAUACGCCAGGAUCUGUGUUGAUAAAUGACUGGUUUGGUUCCCUCCUUAUUUUAAAUUCGGAAUCGGAGAGAAACAAAUCGUCCUUAUCUGAUGGUUCUUGGUAGAUAUCGUACUUGAGGUAAUAUUUAUCACAGUAUGAAGUCCACUAAGAAGCAAGCAAUUAUUUCAUUUCCAUUAGUUAAUCCACAUCCACGAUGUCUGGCUUACAUGUUAGUGUUUUCUGUAGAUUUUGUUGAUUACACACCUGCUGAUGUUUUUCAUAAUUGCAACAGCCUUCAGUCAACCUACACUUCAUAGUUAUGACAUAUAUUAUACACAGUUUAGUCAUGUACUUUGUAUAUCCCUUUAUUAGUAAAUGUAAAGUAAAUUUGCUUUUCGAUUAAGAACAAGUGACGAACUGAUAUUCCGGCUUUUUUAUCGUUGAAACGAGUCCUGUUGAUCGCUCUCUUAAAACGUAUUAGUUACACCGUUCAUUCCACACAAUUAAACACGAGGUAUUUUUUGUCA